AUGAACAUCGCCAACGCGGGUCUUUCGCUCGAACAGAAGAUCGCCUACCUGCGCACGCUCCCUGCAAUACGAGAAAGAUGCGGCCGAGUCUACGAGCUAGCUAAACAGGGCAAGCUGCAGUACUUCGACUACAACUCGGAUAGAGAGGACGUGGCGGCAGACUAUUGUAUCAAGAUCAUCGAGCGAGACUUUGGCAAAGACUACGCCUCGAUACCCCCGCAUGGACGAUGGCGGCACCUUGACGCUGGUCUGCCUCGCGUCCAACCCUUGAUCGAGAAAUGGAACGCGUCUGCCUCGCCCCCAGAUAUCAAAGAAGUCACCAAACGCCUACUGGAUCUCUUCCUCGUCUCCGUACUCCUCGACGCAGGCGCCGGCAAUGCCUGGGCCUAUUACGAGGCGGUGUCAGAACAGAAAUUCACGCGCUCAGAGGGGCUUGGAGUCGCUAGUAUGCACAUGUUCCAAGAGGGGUUCUUCUCAGGUGACCGUGCGCAGCCGUACAGGGUGGAUGCGGCUGGACUGGCACAGAUUACCGUGGAAAGGACUGCGCAAGCUAUGCAAGUUGACGCCUCCAAUCCUAUGGUCGGACUCGAGGGCCGGGCAUCUCUUUUGAAAAACCUUAGCCGAGCGCUCAAGCAGAACCCGGUUUUCUUUGGGGACGGGGGCCGCCCAGGAAAUAUAUUGGACUACCUCGAGACCGAGUCUAUUCUUGAUGGCAAGACCCGUCGCGUACCCCUUGCAGCCCUCUGGCACGUUCUCAUCACAGGGCUCGCACCCAUAUGGCCAUCGGAUCGCACAUCCCUGGGUGGCGUGCCUUUGGGCGAUGUAUGGCCGUGCGACGCGUUGAAGGCCGCAGCGGUUGAGGAAGGCGACGAGUUUGUACCGUUCCACAAGUUGACUGGAUGGACGACCUACAGUCUUGUCGAGCCUAUCGAAAAAGUAUUGGGAUGGAAAUUUGAAGGUCUCGAGGACAUGACCGGCCUUCCCGAGUAUCGCAAUGGAGGACUGUUGGUUGACCUGGGCAUCCUGUCACUGAAGAAAUCAGUCAUUUCUGCUACAUUUUACCCCUCGCCCUCAUCGACCAUUCCUCGUCUCCCACCCUCCCACCCUGCGAUCAUCGAAUGGCGGGCGAUGACCGUCAUAGAGCUGGAUCGCCUCGCGGAUCUGAUCCGUCGGAAAUUGACGUUGACUGUCGACCAACUCACCUUGGCUCAAGUCCUCGAGAGCGCGACAUGGAAAGGUGGACGUGAGAUUGCAAAGGAGAAGAGGCCAGAGACCAGCGGGCCACCCAUUGACAUACAGAGCGACGGAACAGUAUUUUAGACAUCGUCUCCAAUUGAAUGCAAGUGGUGCUAGGUCACGGGUUGCUCGAU